CAUUACACUGAAUCUAAACUACACCAAGGGAAAAAGAAUAACACCACAUUUUUCUAACGCAGAUAGUUUUGGUGCAACUCCUCCGUUUUGCAAACUUUCCUGUAUAGAGAUUUUUAUUUUGUUUGGUGCAGUCUUUAAUCUUUAUUUUUUGGCAUAUCCAUCGCAGCAGAGGAGAGCAUCACUUUUAUUUUUCCCCCGGUGGAAGAAGGGCUAGUCCAGUUUCUCCGCCUGGGAUUGGGAUUUGACAGCAGAGCAUCUUUUUCAGCAUUUUGAUUACAUUCCGGGUUUUUAUUUUUUGGCUUGGACUUUCUAAGAGUAGCAGUUUCGAGCAGAUCCCGGUUUUGUGUUUGUUUGUGUAGCUACAGGAUGGCUACUUUACCAGGAACAGUGCCUCGGAUGGUGCGCCCUGCGCCAGGCCAGAACUACCCCCGAACCGGCUUCCCCCUGGAAGUAUCCACGCCUCUGGGCCAGGGUAGGGUGAACCAGCUUGGCGGAGUGUUCAUCAACGGGAGGCCCCUGCCAAAUCACAUCCGACACAAGAUAGUGGAGAUGGCCCACCACGGCAUCCGACCUUGCGUAAUCUCGCGACAACUGCGAGUUUCUCACGGUUGUGUCUCCAAGAUCCUCUGCCGGUACCAAGAGACCGGCUCGAUCCGUCCCGGAGCCAUAGGAGGCAGCAAGCCCAGGCAGGUGGCAACUCCUGACGUGGAGAAGCGGAUCGAAGAGUACAAGAGAGAAAACCCGGGCAUGUUCAGCUGGGAGAUCCGGGAUAAGCUGCUGAAGGACGGGGUGUGCGACAGAAGCACAGUUCCUUCAGGUGAGGCUUCAUCUGUGAGCUCCAUCAGCCGCGUUUUGAGGGCCCGAUUUGGCAAAAAAGAUGACGAGGAUGACUGUGAUAAGAAGGAUGAAGAUGGAGAAAAGAAAACAAAGCAUAGCAUCGAUGGCAUCCUCGGUGAUAAAUGUAACCGGACAGAUGAUGCUUCAGAUGUAGACUCGGAACCCGACUUGCCUCUUAAAAGGAAGCAGAGGCGCAGCCGCACCACCUUCACCGCCGAGCAGCUGGAAGAGCUGGAGAAGGCUUUUGAAAGGACACAUUACCCUGACAUCUACACCAGAGAGGAGCUGGCCCAGAGGACGAAACUCACAGAGGCCAGAGUACAGGUGUGGUUCAGCAACAGACGGGCUCGGUGGCGUAAACAGGCCGGGGCAAAUCAGCUAGCCGCCUUCAACCACCUUCUUCCUGGAGGAUUCCCACCCACAGGGAUGCCAACUUUACCCACAUACCAGCUACCAGAGUCCAGCUACCCCAGCACCACACUAUCGCAGGAGGGCAGCAGUACAUUGCACAGGCCCCAACCCCUGCCUCCAUCCUCCAUGCACCAGGGAGGUCUGAGCGCUGACAGCAGCUCUGCUUACGGUCUGUCGUCCAAUCGCCACAGCUUCUCCAGCUACUCUGACACGUUCAUGAGCCCCUCAGCAUCCAGCAACCACAUGAACCCUGUCGGAAACGGACUCUCCCCGCAGGUGAUGAGUAUCCUGAGUAACCCCAGUGCUGUACCCUCCCAGCCCCAGCACGACUUUUCCAUUUCCCCCCUGCACAGCAGCCUGGAGAGCUCCAACCCCAUUUCAGCCAGCUGCAGCCAGCGCUCUGACACCAUCAAGAGUGUGGACAGCCUGGCUUCUUCCCAGUCAUACUGCCCCCCUACAUAUAGUGCCACCAGCUACAGCGUGGACCCCGUCACUGCAGGCUACCAGUACAGCCAGUAUGGCCAGACUGCUGUAGACUACCUGGCUAAAAAUGUCAGCUUGUCCACCCAGAGGAGGAUGAAACUUGGAGACCACUCGGCAGUGCUGGGGCUGCUGCAGGUGGAGACGGGACAGGCUUACUAAAGCCACUUGGGACAAACCCUGCACCUGUCUCUAUUUCGCCCUCAGCCACCCUCCUCCAUGCUCCAUCAAGUCUGGACUGCAACUCCAGCUCGUCUCUCUGCUGCUCACUCUGCAGCUCGGCCAUGACAUCAGCGAACAGACCCACAGCCUCUCUCUGUACCAGAGAGACACUUAUGACAGUGUGAGAAGUCUCUUUUCGGGUAUGGAGCUAAACUUUUCACACUACCAGGCGGCUCUGCACCCUUUCUUCCCACUCUUUGGGCAUCUUUGCCCGCUCCUUGUACUCAUGUCCCAGCCUCAGAACUGUUUAUUUUGCUCAGUGGGCCAGACAGGACCCCAGAUGACCCAAGGAUGGUCGACUGCCUUGGCCCAGAUUCCUCUUUGUCAUGGCUGCAGUCCAGCACACAUUUAGAGCCAUCAACAAUAUGUACUUUGACCUUGCUGUUCAUAGUAGUUAACAAAGCCAAUAUCAUUUGAACGAUUCU